UGUGAUCAAUCCAUGUCAUUUUCUUAUUAGUUUGGUUCAGUCCCAGGGUGUGAGUGGAAAGCAGAACAAUUUGUGUGAUUAAAGCUUUAUUUCUGAAGAGUAAAUGAAAUAUGAAAACUACAUGAGCCAAACAGGAUUUCUUCUGUGUUUGCACUGUUGGAGUCUCAGAAAAACAAAUCUUUAGGUAUCCUGAUAUUUGAAAAAGGAAUAUACUAGGCACUUACUUUGUAAAACUUGUCUAACAAAAUGCUUGGAAAAGCUUUCUUAAUUGAUCUUCUAUACAAAGAACAGAAAUAUGCAAAAUUUUGCAAACCAUUUAUAUGUAAGAAGACUGAAAAGGAAACUUGGAAAAAGAAGAUUUUAGAUAGAGAAGAAAAUUCACUUUCCUCUGCUGAGAUGGAAAAUCAAGAAACAGCUAUGAAAGAAAGUGUAACAGAGCAAAAUGAUGAUACAGAUCAAAUAAAAUCUGUGGAUGAAACAACUGUAGCAAAAUGCAAAGGUAUACCUCUUCCAGGAAAUGUGUCAGUUGCGUUGCCCAUUUCACAGAGAGAACAACAUGAUCAAAGACAACCAGAUUUAUGUAGAUCAUGGUUGUGUAUGAGUAUUUGCCACAAUUAUCCUGACCUACAGAUUGGAGGUGACGACAUGAAGAACAUAUGUGAUUUAGACUGCUUUAUGGAACACACACAUAAUGAUGUUUUUAAUGGUCCCCUUUUGUUUUCAGUUGGUAUGCCACUGGGUCAUUCUCCUGUCAUUGGGCCUCUAGAGACAUUACCUACCUCAAAAUUAUUGAACGGGGAUGAAAGCCAAGAAAAAAGUAUGUUGUUUCAAAAACAGCCCCUCUCUAAUUCCAUGCUUAAUACUUAUAUGGAAAGAAAGGUGGACGAGCUCUACAAACAAUUAUUGGAAGAAAAUCUCACCAGAUGCCACUCUAUAACCAAUCUUAUGGCUUUAAAUUUGCUGAUGAAUAAUGUAAAUUACACCAGCCUUCAAAUCUCUCAAGACCAGAACAUUGAGUUAUGGAAAGAUCAGGAAGCUAUCCUACACUCUAUCACUAUGUAAUCUCUGUAACAGUUCUCAUGGAAACAGUUCUGAAUUCAGUACUCCUAACUUACAAAUAUCAAACCAGACAAUUAGGGAACUUCUAUGACAUCUACAAUAGAAACCAAAUGUAGGUUGUUUGGACAUACUUAAGGGACUGUAAUAACAAGAGUUUUCUCUGGUUUAUCAUGUCACAUCUAGCCUUCUUUGGGGUGUGGUUAUUAUAGUUUUUGAGAAAUGAUUUGGCCCAUGGUACAUCUGAAUUCUUGUAGGAGACAACUAUAGUAACUACAUUUUUGAGUGCAUGUUCUUAAUGUGUUGAUAUUUUAAUUGUUGCCAGAUUAAACUUUAUGUGUGUUUACCUAUUUAAUUUUCACUGGCACCUUAAAUCAAUUACUUCAGUGUCACACAGCUUUAUUUACAACAAAAAUGGGAUGAGGAGUGGAUUAUUGCUCUAAGAUACUGAGGACAACUAGAAGGUAUAUCAGAGAGGGACAUUUAUUUCCCCACAAAAUUGCAUUGAUACUGACAAUCAAAAUAGUCUAGGGGAAAUUAUGAUAUGUAGUUAUGGAUAUGGAUAUGUAUAUCUGGAUAUUUAUAUGUGGAUAUCUGUAUAUCAAGAUUGAGUAUGGGGACAUAGAAAAGGAAAUACUUUAAACAGAAGUCAAAUUUAAAUGAUAUUUGAAAGAAACAUGGAAGGGGGGGCUUAAGGAAAAAUGGAAAAUUCGUAAGUACCAUUUGUAUUGAAACUUGGUGCUUUGGAACUUACCUGGAAUGAGCAUUAACUGUUUUAUAUCACUGUUAUCUCUGAUUGCUUUUAGGGAUGGGAGGAAACAAAACAUACAGGUAGAGUGAAGAAAGUAGAGUACCACCAUUUAGAAAUAAAAAGGCUCUCAGCAACUUAUUUAUACAUCAGAUUAUCCUCAAUCAUGAUCCUGGCUUAGAGUGAAAGGCAGCAGUGUAUUAUGGAAAUUUUCGAAUCUAAAUUAAAUACAUUGACAAAAUAUAUCUAAAGUAACAGUAUAAUUUAUUGCAGACUUGGAAAGAAGCCUCCACACUUUUAAUAGAAAUAGGAAGAUGAUCGGCAUGCACUUGUGUGUUGUAAAAUAAAAUGGUAUUAAUUUCUGUCAUAGAAUUCUUAUGAUUGCGUUAUGCAUUAAUAAGAUUUGUUCAUUGACAAUCACAUAUUGCCUUCCAAUUUUUUCUUGGUCUUUGAUUAACUCUUGUAGAAUGAGUCACCAUAAUGCACUAAUAGCUUGUU